UCCUGGAACAUUUGGUAAAGGAAAUAACAUCAUAAUAUAAAUAAUAUGGUGGUUUAUAAAAUGUGCUCAUUCUUAAACAAGUUCCAGAAUCAUCAGCGGCUCUAAGGGUUUUAUUUAGCAGGACUGACGGAUCAUGAAGCUCCCAGACCAGAUCUGACCCCUGGUCCAAACAGGUUCAUCAUCAAAACGACGAUCAGCGGACCGACAACAGAGUGGAGCUUCAACGGUCCAGUCAAAGUCCUGUGCUGGGACUCUUAAAAAAGCUGUGCAGAAACAAAUGUCUGCAAAACUCAAGUGAUGCAACAUCGAAACAGAAGAGUCGGGUCUAAGUUUCCCACAAUGAUGCAGACAGGAAACUGAUAAAGUUAGUUAGAAAACCACUGAUGGAGCAGAAAUAACAGUGGAGGAAUCUGAGCUGAAACUAUGCGAGUCAAAACGUAUGUGUGUCACCAACCUGGAAGACUGCAAUGGCCCACCUGCCUCCUCUCCACAGAAGAGUCUGAACAUGUCCUGCCUUUACCAGAUAAGUCCAGACGAAACCAGAUCUGUGACCUGCAGCUGGAGCGAUGAGCCUGGAGCUGAGGCCUCUCUGCAACUGAGCAGAUCGGAAGAAAUAUAUUCCUGUAUUUUUAACCCGUUAUCCAAAUUCAACGUGACCGCCAGGAUAAAGAGCUUACGGACUGGGGAGGUGGUUUGGUCUCAGCCUCAGCCGCUGGUUCUGUUUAAAAUAGCCAAAUAUCCUCCGCCUGCUGUCACCCUCAUUCAUCAAACUGAUGACUCGCUUGUUGUGUCGUGGAAAAGCAGGGAUAAAGGCACCUACCGACUUCGUUACAAAAGCAGGGACUCUUCCACCUGGACUGAGGUUUCAGAUCAAAUUCCUGCAAAGGAAGUUCAGAACUACACAAUCAAAAACCUGCUGCCAUUCAUGGUGUACAAAGUUUCUAUGGCCUACCAUCGAGGAUACGGCCUCUGGAGUGACUGGAGCUCAGAGGCAACCGGACGAACGCUGGAUAGAGUGCCUUCCAAGCCUGCAGGGAUAUGUUACAGAGUGAAGAGAGAAGCAGUGAGGCUGACCGGGCUUCAACUUAUCUGGAUGGCCUCUGAUCCUGGGGAGGCUGAGGGUCGGGUCCUCGGGUAUAAUGUUAGCAUUAAUUCAGUGAAACAGGAUCAGAACGGGACUGAGAUGAUGGCGCUUCCAGUGGAGAAGGAGGGGAACUACAGCGUCGCUGUUCAGGCCUUCAACACUGCUGGAUUUGGACCCGCAGCGCUGCUUCAAAUCAACACACAAGCUCAGAACCCUCUGCUCUCGGUGAGGAAUCUCAGCAUUUACAGCCGUAUUCCAGAACGGAAGGAGCUGCAGGUCCAGUGGACGUCUCCCUCCGCCCCGCUCUGCAGCCAUGUUGCUGUUCAGUGGCACUCAGAGCAGAAUCCGUCCACCACACGAAGCAUCCUAGUCGACUGUAACAGCUCUUCUGCUGUUAUUCGAGAUCUUGAUCCCGAUGAGUUCUACCAGGUCAGCGUCUUCCCUGUCUACCAGCAGCAGUGCGGACCGCCUCAGUCCCUGGAAGCCAAUCUGGAGCUCGGAGCUCUGAUGAAGCCCAUUGACCUGAAGGUCGUCAGCGUCUCUAAGACCUCGGUGACCGUAAUGUGGGAGUGGCAAAAGGCAAAAGCAGACGAUGUGGCCGAAUACAAAGUGAUGCUGAGGAGAGACACUGACCAACAAGGACCAAGUGUGUCUCUGUGGCCGGACCUACAUCAGCACAUCUUCUCCAGCCUGACUCCCAACACCGAGUAUUCUCUCAUCCUAUCGGUUGAUGGUGAUCUCCGUGACAUCACCACAGUAAAAACCCAGUUUGAUGAGGCUGCAGUGGUGGCGCCACUGGUUCCUCUGCUUCUGCUGAUCAUCUCUGCCAUGAUCUGCUUCCUCCUCUUCAGAACUCUAUACAAUUUGUACUUCUUCCCCCCCAUCUGCAACCCUAACAGAAGUAUGGUGGGCCAGUGGCUGCUGAACCCAAACCGGGAGAAAUGUGCACAGAAGACGUUCCUGGAUAUCUCAGAUUUUAAGGUGAAGGAUUUUCUAGGAGACAGCCAUCUUAUCCUGGUAACCCCAGAGGAGCGGCUCUCAUCAUCAGAAGAUCUGCGUGAGAAAACAUCCCUGCAGUCCAUGGGGAAACUCUCUGUCUUCACCUCGACUGACAAGCUGGACUUUACGGAUGUUCCCGGGACCGAUCCAACCACAGGACAAGGCUUCGACAUCCAACCAAUCAAACAGCAGCAGCUCGAUUCACUUCAGUCAGUUUUCACAUCAAAGGAUGCAAACAUCUGGUCUCCUCACAGAGAAGAAGCCAUUUAUCCAACGUCCCAUCAUGGCGGCCCCUUCCCAGUGUUCCCAAUUGGCUCCUGGAGACAACUUGUAUCAGAGAGUGAAGAGCUGGAAGGCUUCUUGGAAGUGGAGUAUAUCACCAACAACUGCUUCAGAGCAGAGUCCACAGCUGGAGAGGAAACCAGUGACAUCUGCCCCAAUACUGCCCCCUAGUGGAUAUAGAAUCCAUGACACACCAAACAUAAAACCUAUUUGGAUCAAUUAUAAAAGAUGACUAAAAUAAAACACUUCAUCCUGCAGAAAUUAAAACAUAUUAAAAUAAUUAACUCUUCAUUUUUUAGACCAGUUUUUAGAGACCAAACUUCUGUAACACUGGUUUUAACUUGUUAAAGCGAAAAUAGUUCAGAUAAAUGUUUGAAUUAAAGACUAAAAUCCUUAAUCUGAGGGAUGCUAAUGAACAAAGCUAAAAUGGAAU